AAUAUCGCGAGAGUCAGGUGACCCGGCAACUACGCAGGCAUGGCGGCGCCCUUUGCUUACAAACACGACGCAUGAGCUCCUGUGUAUUGUAGGUUCAUCGCAAUGCGUUUGUAGCUGAGAUGCUCAGAAACUGUCAUUUGAAUUUAUUAAAACACAAACACUGAGGAAUUUUGUCUGAUUUUUAAGAUUAAUAGCACAACGCGACUGAUACGAAUCAAAGAAACAACAGGCCACUGAACAUAGGGAUACCUCUGUAAGCGGGAUGUCCGGUGCAGCUCAGAGCAGUGAUGGUGGUGCAGGACAGGAUGCAGAAGCUGAUGGAGAACCUCCUCAUGAUGAGGCUUAUCAUCAGGGAGAGAUGGAAGGAGAAGAGGAAGCCCCACCAGCAGCAAAACAGCCUCGACUGGAGCAGGAAGAUGUAGGUCUUGAUUUACAAAUGAUACAGACAGCUGUGGUGCCUUCAGUGGACACGUGCGGGAGCCAAGGUGCUGCUGGGACUUUAGAGGAAGUUGCCUGUCAUCAGAGUCAGACUGAUGAAUCAGGACAGACUGUGGGACCUGAGGAAGUUGAAGGAGAUGUGGAAUGGCAUCAGAACGGAGCAGAGAACAGAGAAACACUCGGACCAAAUGAGGAGGACAGAGAAAAUGAGCCUGAGAAGAACAGUUCAGAAGAUAACUCUGCUGAGCAACGCUAUCCAAGCCUCGACUUCAGCCAGAACCCUCAGAUGCUGACGGGCUCCUGGGUCGAGUACACCCGCACCGCUGAGAAUUACCUCAGAGGCUGCAAAUGGGCUCCGGAUGGUUCCUGCAUUGUCUCAAACAGCGCUGAUAACAUUCUUCGUGUGUAUAACCUCCCACCGGAGCUGUACAGCAGCCAUUGGGACAUGGUUUCUGAGAUGAGUCCAGUGCUGAAGAUGACCGAAGGAGACACCAUCUAUGACUACUGCUGGUUCCCCAAGAUGACUUCUAUGGACCCGGACACAUGUUUCAUUGCCAGCAGUAGCCGGGACAACCCUGUCCACAUAUGGGACGCGUUUUACGGGGACCUCCGAGCAUCUUUUCGACCCUACAACCACCUGGAUGAGCUGACAGCGGCCCAUUCACUGUGUUUCUCUCCUGACGGCUCUCAGCUCUACUGCGGCUUUGACAAAAUAGUCAGGGUCUUCCACACCGACCGUCCUGGGAGAGACUGCGAGCAGAGGCCCACCAUGGUCAAGAAACAGGGUCAGACAGGCAUUAUCUCCUGUAUUGCCUUCAGUUCGUGCCAUUCCAUGUACGCCUGUGGGUCGUACUCUCGUUCAGCCGGCCUUAACUCCUGUGAGGACGGUUCUCUGCUGGCUCUGCUGCCCGCUCAACACCACGGAGGACUAACACACCUGCUGUUCUCACCCAAUGGCUAUCACAUGUACACGGGUGGGCGCAAGGACUCAGAGAUCCUGUGCUGGGACCUCAGAGAUCCGGGAAAAGUUCUGUUCUCCAUGCACAGGAACGUCAGCACAAACCAGCGGAUCUACUUUGACCUGGACCAAUCUGGCCGAUAUCUUCUAAGUGGGGACACAGAUGGUGUGGUGUCAGUGUGGGACACCCUCACAGCGCCACCAGAUGGGAAUGAGGAGCCACUACAGCCACUGCUACAGUUUCAGGCACACACCGAUUGUACUAAUGGCAUCAGUGUGCACCCUUUCAUGCCAUUGGUGGCUUCAUCCAGUGGUCAGCGUAAGUUCGGUUGGCCGUCCAACAGCGAGGACUCUGAGUCUGAUUCAGACGAGGGGAAUGUGAUGUCAUCAAACGGCGUAAGACAGGACAAUGCUCUGGUGCUGUGGUGGGCCGGCCCAUUGGGCUCAACCAAUGAGAGGGGGCAGGAGGAGGAGUCAGCAGUUGUUGAGAGCUAGAACUUUUGAUUGUAAAACUGCACUGCUGAUGACCCAUAAUCUACUGCCAAACUUAUAAUACUGUUUGAUUAGGUGAAGGGUAGCAUCAGUUUUAAUUGUAGAAUAGUCCCUUUUUUAAAUCCUUACAUUUUUUGCAGUGUCCGUUUUUUUGGCAUGUUGCUGGGUUUGUAAACCUCUAUCAAUGAAUGUCUAAAAGUCUAGACUGAAGUCCUCCAAAAUCCAUAAAUUUAAACCUGUUCUGACAGCAUAUUACAAUUCGGAUCACCUGGAACACUGAUCUGAAAUAUUAAUAAUUCAUUCAUAGAUUUCAUUUUGUUUGGACUGGUCCCUAAAUUGAUGUUUGCGUUGUUUACCAGCAAUGCUUUCAGGAUGCCCUGUCGUUGCUGGAGUGUGAUGCCUCUCAGGUUUCUGAUGUAGCAGUACAGCCUUUUCUCCGAUUUGCAUUUGGUUCGUUUUUCUUUCACCAUGUAAAGACGGUUUCCAGGAAACACUUUGAGCCUUGUCUGGGACUUACUUUAAGCACUGUCAGUGAACACAGUACAGUUAUUUCAGGAGCAGGUUUAAUCCCUGUACGAGAUGAUUUUGACAAUGGGAAGGCUAUGUGUGAUGGCCUGAGACGGUUUAUCUUAUGUUAAAUGUGCCAUGGAGCUGCAGUGGGCAGCUGUGAAUAUAUUUUUGUAAGCCAGUAAUCUGCUUUAUUGUGUGUGAAUGUGGCUGGUUUCCUGCCUUUCAAUGGGCCUCAUUGCUUUAGCUGAGGCUGCACAUUCUCUUUUAUAAUAACCUGUGUUUAUGUUUGUUUGUGUAUGUGUCUGAGAGAGAGAGUGCCUUUACAUAUUCUAUUUUAGCUGUCAUCUUGACACAAUGGUGUACAUUUUUACAAAUGUACACUUUUUACAGCUUUACUUUGUGUGUGUGUUUUAUGCCUGUAAUUUACUCUUUAAAGCAGUGGGUUUGAAUGUUUGUGGCUUGCCAAACAUGCUCUAGUCAGAGUGCUGAAUAUCAUAUUACAUUCACUGCUGAAAGCUUCAGUUGUUUGUGAUGCGUAAUACAGAUCAUUUUUGGUACAGUUUCUCUGGAUUGUAAGCCACAUCAUUCAGGUCUGCUUGUGGUUCUUUCUACUUGGAGAAACUAUUUGCAACAGGUGGAUCACUGUGGCUGAAAAGAUUAAUAAACAUGUUUACAUCAAAAA